AUGGCAGCGGACAUCGCUGCGUUUAACGGUAUGCGUGGGGAGAAUGGUACAUCUAUCGACUACGAGGACCCUUUCGUCGACGAAGGUAGUCCCUCUGCUCAAGCGCAGCCACGUCGACUCUUUCCGUCGAUAGGAAGAGAUCCCUUCCAUGCUACAUCCACCUCCGAUGCGAAACAUCUCAUUGAAGAACAGCUGCAAGAGAACGAGCGCAGGCUAGAGGAGGCGCAGAAGCUGGGCACAUCAUUGUUGCAGCAACAAGACGAUUUACAGCAGAAACUCAAGGAAUUGGGCCAACGUGAGGACGAGUCCGAAAUUACGCCUGAAUUGCGACAGCAACUUGCACAACUCGAAAGAGAGCAUGAUGAUGUCGGGAGAGAAAUCGCUAAGGCUCUUUUGCCAAAGUCUCGCGCCGUGAGCGCCGAGGAGAAACCACAGCCUGAAUCUACUGUCUACUCCAGCCAGGCCACUGCUUCUCCUACCAAAGUCACCGCUCCCAGCCGACGACAACGUAAUCAGCCAUCAGGGCGAGCCGGAGAUCUCCAGUUUGCGGCCGAUAUUAGCACUUCGUUACUUGCUCAAGUCAGACAAUUGCAGGCUGCUGUGGCUGAACGCGAUGAUCUUAUCAAACAGACCCAAGCGGACCAUAGCAGGAUAGAACUGGAUACUGUCGGUCUGACACAGCGUUUGCGCACCCUGGAUGAAAACGAGCAACGUUACAAGGAUGAGAAUUGGAAUCUGGAGACUCAAAACCACCAACUGCAGGCCACUGCACGCGAAGCCGCCGAGCGAGAGAAGAAACUUAGUGCUUCUUUAGCAGCUGCACUUGUGGAGAAGAGUCGAGUCCAGAACGAAGUCGACGAAAUACGACUAGCUCAUGACAAGCUCUCUGAAGAGCACACAGCGGCGAAGAAAGCUCAUGAUACUGAAGUGCACGGACUGAAAAGGGCGGUUGAUCUCGGUGAUGGCGAAAAGGCUGCCCUUCAAUCCAAGGUCGACGAGCUCACCUCCCAGAAUCAAGAGCUGGCGCAAGCUAUUACGGCCAAAUUUCGAUCCCAUCAAGCUCAACUUGGUCAGGUCUCUGGGGUUGGUGAGGAUAUCGAAGAUCGUGAUCUUGACAUGCCAGACGAGUCACCACCGCCAUCUCCAACCAAAGCCACACCUCGACACCCGGGUCUGGAGUCUGAGACUCUGCGUAGCUCUCUGCAUCACGCUCACCGUAUGAUCCAAAACCUCAAGAACAACAUACAUCGGGAAAAGACUGAGAAGAUUGAGCUCAAGCGUAUGCUACAAGACGCUCGAGAUGAGCUCGAGCAAAAACGUGAUACAGCAGGCAGCGGAACGAAACGACAGAAGACCAAGGAUGGCUUUCGCAAAGGCCCCAGGCCUGAAAUGCUGGGUGCAAAUCGGCGUCCACGUACAGAUGUUGAGCUCGAAGAUGAGGACUGGGAGGAACGUGGCGCUGAGACGCCGACUCAUGGCCGUCGCCAUCUUUCGAUUCCAGGUGCUUUCGCCCAAACUACAGCUACCGAUACUAGUGAUGCCUACGAUACUGCUACUGAUGCCGACCGUAAUUUCGAGACUGCAGACGAGAAGCAUACUACUGAGAGCGAGGAGUUCGCCACAGGCGCUGAAAGUCUUGCUGGAGAUAGCACGGAUGAUUUGACUGAAACCGAGGAUAAUACGACGCGCACAGACCGGACUGCUACCAUCAAAGGCAAGCCUUCCUUGGUUCUGAAGCCAGCCGGUGAUCGAACGUCUUUCAUGAGCACUGCCUCGACCUCUGCCGGCGAAGAAGAAGACGAGUUGACCACUCCAGUGCCAACUCAGUCGAAAUUCCGGCUGAAGAACGCUCGCGGGUCUAUGCGAAACUCAAGGCAAUUCGACGAAGGUACCCCCACAAGCCAGCGUGCGUUGUCUGUCGUUCAGGGUUCUUCGCCCGCCACUAUCACGAACGAUAGAAGCCCAGCAGCCCCGGAGCAGAGCCUGUUUGAUCAGCUUGGCGACAUGGACGAGCUCGGCAGCAACGGCUUUGGCACACCAGGCCGACAGAGCAUCAAUUCUGCCAAAUCGACACCAUACACAAUCAAUACCCCUGGCAAACGUCUGACGAGUUUCGAGGCGCCACCACCGCUUCCUACCGUGGUAAUGGUUGAUACUGCAAUGAUGACCGAGCCAUGGGAGCCAGGACCGCGUGUCGACUCCACGACCUCUACCAAGCCUUCGGUCAUGGAAGGCCCCUUCGCCUCGAACUUCCCGCUGCCACCUAGUGUACCUGUCUCGCCGGUGCGAAAGGCUGACAUGAGCACACAGUAUACCCCUCAGAGGAUGAUGGAUGAAAGUCCUUCAAGGAAUGCUAAUAACUUCAUCACUCCACCAAAGACUGUAUGGGAUCAAGCAAGCGAAGCUGGGCUCGUUAGUCCAGAAGCUGACAGUCGCGAGCCUGCAACGCCCAAGCCACAUCUGGGCUAUUCUGGCAUGCUAAUACAGGACACUGCGCCACAGUCACCUCCCGCGCCUGCGCCAGUGCCUGAGCCAAUGGCUACUUUUGCCCACAAUUACUCUGCCAUUGCAUCCAUGGAUACUACACCGGAGUCACCUCAGGCGCCCAAGUCACCUGCUGCAUUGGUUGGGAGCCUCGAUGAGCAGCAAGCACCCGCUGAGACGGCUCGUCCCAAGACUGCUGAGAAGGUUGCAGCUGCUGGUGGUGCAGGUUUACUAGCCACCGCUGCCGCUGCCAUCGGCCUCUUGAAAUCGAAGAACCAGGCUCCUGCUAUCGCAGAGGACGAGACCUCGGAGCAGGCCCGCGUGGUCGAUGACAAGUCAGACCACCAGAGAGCGCUGCAUGCCAUUUCAGAGAACGCUGCAGCUGGUAGAACACCGGAUGCGAGACAAACCUCUUCAGCAGAGAGACCUGCUUUCAUCAAACACCCCAGCCAUGACCAAGGCUCUCAAACGCUUCUCACAGCAGACCAGAUUGACCAGGUCAUGCGACCGAAGUCGGCAGGGCCGAAAGCGGUCCCAGUUUUGUCCCCAACGUCGCCCCAGAGCGAGGAUUCGGUUGGUCUGCCACCGAUCAUCGCGGUACCCUCGCCAGUCAAGCGUCCAGGUAGUGCCAACAGCAACCGAACGUCAAGCCUAAUUCGACAAGAUCACCCACCACUGCCACCCGACCACAAGACGGCCAUUGCCAAGGCGCGAGUCUCAUCGCCUGUGCGGUCGCCCACUCAAGAAUUUAGCAACGCUGGCCAGCCAGGAACGGUUAUGGGCCCACCGAUGAUGCCAGCGUCAGCAAUGAGGAGACCGCGUACACCAGCGGAUGGAUCUAUGCGGUCGCCGACCCGUGACAGCAACGCAUCAAGAGCAACUGUCCAGAAGGGACAUCAACGAGGGGUCACGUCGGUCUCUCAGAUCUCUCGGCGAUCCUCUGUGUCAUCAUUCGCGUCAGAACUGGAUGAACGUUUCAACAUCCGGCCUGGACAGGUGUCAGCGUCCCACGGCUUUGAGGCUUCUCCAGGAACCGACCCCCGUAUGAUUCAAGCGAUCACUCAGACCAUGAUUGGCGAAUUUCUGUGGAAGUACACCCGAAAGACGGGGCGUUCUGAGAUGUCUGGGAAUCGUCACCGCCGGUAUUUCUGGGUCCACCCGUACACCAAGACAUUGUAUUGGUCUGACCAAGAUCCACAAACCGCAGGCCGGAAUGAGCUGAAGGCCAAGAGCGUGGCGAUCGAAGCCGUUCGCGUCGUGACGGACGACAAUCCCAUGCCUCCGGGGCUUCAUCGUAAGAGCUUGGAAGUCAUUACGCCGGGGCGAAAAGUACGGUUUACUGCUAGUACGGGCCAGCGUCACGAGACUUGGUUCAACGCACUCAGCUAUCUGCUGCUUCGUGGUGAGCAAGACCCAACCAAGCAAGUGGCCACAGGCUACACUACUGGCGAUACCGAAGUGACUCGAGAUGAUGUCAACGAGUUCAAUGUGUCUGCCAAUGGGUACGGCGCGCGCUUGGUGCCGAACAGCAGCCGAGUUAGUAUGUCGAGCUACAAUUCGCGGACUACACGUGGCACCAGUCUCAACCGGGGCUCUGUACGCCACAGCGCUGUUCCGGGAGUGGCGACUUCUUCUGUGCGCCCAACUGCUCAGCCGGCCCAAGCUGGAUUAUCAACUGCUGAUGCAAGCCGCCUGAGUCGUGCUGAGCAGUCGCGAGAGGCGGACAAGGACCAGACUCUGCGCUCAGGAAGCAUGAAUCGAUUUUCUCGCAUGAUGGGUAGCGUCACAGGCCGAACAUCACGCUCUGCUAACCAUGCUGGCGACGUGAAGAGCGGAUCGACUAGCAUCUAUGACGCCAGCGUGGUCAGUGACAAUCGCCAGGACAGCGCCGAACAAUUGCGACAAGAAAUGCUGAGAGAAGAGGAAGGCCUCGAGAAUGUGAGGUCGUGCUGUGACGGCAAGCAUGACGUCUCAACACUAUCUCACGCCCACCGGCAUGCGGCUACGCCGAGCCACUCACACCGUAAUUGGAGCGUGAGAGGCAGCAUAGCAAGGCGAAGCACCACAAAUACAGGUGCUUAG